AUGUAUGGAGGACUUGGGGAGCACCACACGAUGUUCUACUUCUUCUUUGAAUCUCAAAGCAGUAAGAAUGAUUGUGUUGUCAUAUCGCUGACUAGAGGACCAAGAUGCAGCAAUGAACUAGGUUUGUUUUGUUCAAAUGGUCCUUUUCAGCUUACCAAGAACUUGUCUCUUGAGUGGAAUGACUAUGGCUGGGACAAGCGAGCUGGAGCUCCUACUAUUCCCACGCCAGCUUCCACUCUAGCUCCCUUCUACCUCGAAGAUCAUCAGGUUCUAUCUUCUGUAGAUUCAGGUUUGGAAAGUGCCUUUGCCCUGGCUGAUGUUGUAGAAGCUUAUACUGAUGUGUUGUAUCCUUACUCAGCUCAGGAUCUUUUGAUUGAUUCAAAAGCCUAG